AUGUGCGACACAUCAAUCGAUACAAGGAAAGAAAAAGACGCCUUAUACAUACAGCAAUUAUAUAACUAUAUCGCUAUCCACUAUCGCUACUACCAUCACUUUGAUCCCUACUAUACCGUAAAAUUCUCACUUUUGAUUUCAACCCUUCCUUCUUCCGCUCUGCCUCCUUUCUGUAGUGAUUUCCGUGCCCUUGCCUUUGCUGCCUUCUGCUCUACCGCUCUAUCGCCCUGUCACCCGCUCGUCCCCUUCUGCUCCUUCUUCCCUAUCAUGAUCAGCAAUCAUAUGCCCACAUAUCCAGGGCGUUGACGGGCGAAUCCCUGACGCUUAUUGCCAUCCUGCACCCUACAAAAACCGCCAUGUGGACCUUGCAUUGGACUAGGGUAGGUGGUGGGUGGCGGGUGGCCGCCUGUCUGGCCACUUCAACACGCCUACCGCUCGUGCAUCCGUCGCUGUCAAUCUGUGCGUCCCCAGCAAUUCCAAUGCGUGAGAGCGUGCGACGCCGACGCCGACGGCGCACGCGCAAAGGGACCUGAUGUGUAAAAUGUAAAACAUCCAUUCUAUGCGAGCCACCAAACUCACCCUCCAAACACAAAUUUCAGAGUCGUCGUAUGCAUCGUGCAUGGUCACUCUUACAAUCUCGAGGGAAUCGCCAAGUUACUAUAGGCAUGGUCAGUCAGUCGCCAGGCAA